AUGGGUCGCAGCAGCUCCGCGACGCUCUGCGCCGUCGUCGUCGCCGUCGGGUGCACCGUCGUCGCCGGCAAACCCAUCGAGCCGCACCCGCACACCGGCAUCUUAAAGCAAUACGACCGGCGGCACCCGAGCAAGUACGGCGUCACUCUCAAAGGCAUCACGGAGGCGCAGCUCCGGUCGGGCACGCCCGCGCUGAAACUCAUCCCCCAGGCCAACGGCUUCAAGCGGACCAUCGGCAUCCAGGACAUCGAGGCGCCGCCCGACGUCGUCUUCGGCCGCAUCUGCGACUGGCCCAACUACCACCGCAUGAUCAAGGACGUGAAGCGGUGCGAGGUCUAUCGAAGAGGGUGGACUCUCAGCGGCUGCCGCGUGGCCUGCGCCAAGUACGAGAUCGCCGUGCCGAUGACGAAGCUCGACUUUUACGUCGAGCACGUCUACGACCCGCUCAACCACGCGAUGUCCUUCUCCCUCGACUACACGCGCAAAUCCGACGUCGCGGACCAGGUGGGCUACUGGUACUGCGAGAAGCUCGCCGGCGGCUGGACGCGGCUCUACUACUCCACGGACUUCCAGAUCCCGCGCUGGGUGCCGCCCUUCGCCAAGGGCUUCAUCCUCAAGCUCGCGGCGAAGAGCUCCGUGACCUGGGUCGCCGUCGAGACCGCGCGCGAGAUGGAGAAGCGGCGGGGCGCGUCGCUGUUUCGACGCUGGUUCCCCCAGUAA